CAGAUCAAGAAUGUGACAUCAUGCACACGUUCGUUAAGAAUCUUGAUACUUUCCACAAUGAAUUUAUUAUUAAUCAAGAACGGGUUUUAAGACCUCGCGGGGGCUAUAAUAUAAUCAGUUUUGUAAGAGUUUUACUCAGUUUAGUUGCUGACUUUGUGCUGUGCUUUUCAGAUAAUCGAAAUUUUCUAGUUAUGUUUAGAAGUCUUGUGUGUCAAUGAAUGUCUUAGAUUUUUUAGUAACGUCCAGAUUUCAGCAAGUUGAAAGUUUAGAGAAAAACCUUGCAACUAAAAAAGGUAGCCGUAGAGGCAAUUCAGGCAACAGAAAGGAACUUCAAGUACUAACCCAAAUACAUCACGUGCCAUAGAAACUUAUUUUCCUUUGAAAAGUGCAACUUUUUAUUCAAAGAAAAAUGGUGCAAGGAGCAAACCCAAUGUCAAUUGCCGAACAACAAAUGUCUAACGAUUGGAGCAAAUCAAAAAAACCUAUUUUGGAAGCAACCCUAAGGUACGAGCAAGAAAAACAGAAAGCGGAAAAGAAAAAAAUGGAUUCGAAUUCAAAGUAUGGGGCAUGGGGUUCCACCUUUAAAAAUAAAAAUCAUUUUGCUAGCUUGCAUCAUUGUUGAAACAUUUAUUUUAAUUUAAAACAGUACAAAAAUCAUAUUAUUUAUUUAAAUAACAAAAUUUAUAUUUGCAUGUUAUCUAAGUAUACGAAUCAUAUUUAUUUUAAAUUUAUGCAAUAAAAGGUUGCACUACUCUUUUAUUU